AACGACAACACUGUAUAUACUGUAUAAAGAACUAUACAGACUAAGGUACCUAGGUACCUAAAGGUAAAUAUCAUUGUGGGGAAUAUAGCACAACCUUGGGCCAACCAUCGCGCAUUGCAUCUUCAACAUCACCAUUCACCAAUCACAAUUAAUCAACCAUUACUAUACGUAGCACUUCGUACCUAUGAGGUACCUUGUCUUUAUAUCGAGAAUCCAUAGCCUUGUCUAUUUUCCCCAAGGUUGAACAGAACUAAUUGUCACUUCAGUCCUUGCAACUGCUUAUCCCUGAGCUUUAAUUCCCGAGGGCGAAGGGUACUUGCAUUUCACGAUGGCGGUAUCGCCUGUGAUUAUACAUCCCGCGGAUGCUCUGCCGAACCCUAGAUCUGUAUCGUCGCCGCUUAAGAAUGCAACUUCGGCCCAGGCGUCGUCUAAUGGAACACCCGUAGUCGCGUCUACGGCGCCGAACGCAGCUACGGGAGCGCAAUCAGCAUCCCUAGAUCUUGCGGAGCAACUAAACGAGGAGGAGAAGCGCAAGUAUGUUAAGGGCAAGAAACUCGGUGAAGGUACUUACGCCAACGUCUACCUCGGUUUCCUAAAGAGCGAUCCCACGAAGUUGGUAGCCAUAAAAAAGAUCAAGAUACAGAAAGAAUACACGGAAGGCAUGGCGCCCGACGCCAUCCGCGAAAUCAAACAUUUACAGGAGCUAUCGCACCCAAAUAUAAUAACAUUACACUCUGUCUUCUCUUCCAAAAACCAGAACCUCAAUCUCGUCUUGGAGUACCUGCCUCUCGGCGACUUGGAAAUGCUCAUUCGCGAUACCGAUCGCGUCAGGUACGGCGCGGCUGAUAUCAAGGCUUGGAUGGGCAUGCUGACGAGGGCCGUGUGGUUCUGCCACGAGAACUUCGUGCUGCAUCGAGAUAUCAAGCCGAACAACUUGCUGAUUGCAGCGGACGGAGAGGUGAAGCUUGCCGAUUUUGGUCUCGCCCGAAGCUUCUCGGAUCCGUAUAAGCCCAUGACGGCCAAUGUUAUCACGCGGUGGUACAGGCCCCCUGAGCUGUUGUUCGGAGCGAAGCAUUAUUCGGGCGCGGUGGAUAUCUGGUCCGUCGGUCUCGUGUUUGCCGAGUUGAUCAUAAGGACGCCGUACAUCGCCGGCGAUACGGAGAUGCGGCAGAUCAGCCUCAUCUGCAACGCCAUCGGCACGCCCACGGAGGAGAACUGGCCGGGAGUCACGAGUCUCCCGGCGUAUACUACGGAAGGGGAGAUCCACCCCGUCCGGGGGAGGGACUACUACAUGUCGUUCUUCGGCACCGUCGGCACCGAGGGCGUCGAUCUCCUGAUGAAGACGCUGACCCUCGAUCCUAAGAAGCGGAUCACGGCCCUGGGGAUGCUCCAGCACGAGUGGUGGAACAAAGACCCCAAGCCCACGCGCAAGCAGGACCUGCCCAAGAAGUCGGGCGGGCAGGACAAGCUUGGUGCGGAUCUUAAGAGGCGCCCCGGCGUAGUGGAAGACGAUAAGACAUCGAAGGUUGCUCGGAAGCUGGACUUCGGUGCGACGAAAUAGAGUUCUGAACGGCGAGAGAGCAGUAGAUCGGGUGAUGGCUAUGAAUAUUGAUCUGGUGUUGGGAGUUUAGAGGUCUGCCUACCUAACUAGUAGAGAUGGUACAGGUUUGGUGCUUAGGUAGGUACCUAGGGUAUGAAUGGAUAGGGCAUUACUUCUAGGGCAAUAAAUUACAGCAUUAUUCGGCGUUGGAUUACAAGCACGCGUAGGACAAAUAGCUAUGGCUAUGGCUACGGUUAUGGUUAUGGUUAUGGUUAUAGUACAUA